GCACGGUGCCAUAAUUGCAAGAAGAAGAAGGAGACGCGAACAAACCUAACCUACAGAUGCCUACAGAGCUGUCAAGAAUUGAUCAAACUCACAUGACUUUACAUACAAUUCAUGUAUUGUACAUAAACUAACAUUUACAUGCAUGAAUACAAUCGCCUAAUGAGUUAAAAACCUCAACUUUUUAAUAAAAUUCUUUUAAAAAUAAUUUUUGUGAACGAUUAAAAUGUGUAACAUCGAAUAUGUGCCAAUGUAAUGUAAAUUUGCAUAUUGUACAUGUACUUUUGUGCUGAUGAUAUAAUUUGUUGUUUUCUUUGUAUAAAAAUAAAAGAAAUUGAUGUAUAAAUGAGAAGAGUACAGACAUGGAACCACAAAAUUCUAAUAAUGUAGUUUUAAAUACACAUGCAAUAUUAAGAUCAUGUGCUACAACUAAUGAAGCUGAAAGAUUACAGAAUUUACUUCAAGAAAACAAACACUCAAAAUUAACCAUUGGUGCAUUCUUUGACUUUAUGAGGACUGCAUAUCAACUCAAUGAUAGUGCUGAAGGUUUAGCUACAAUAUUGAGUGCUAACAGUGAAAUUGACUGGCAUGAAUUAGUAAAGAUUGAUUUAGAAAAGUCAGAAGAUAAUAACCAAGCAAGUAACAGCACCUGUAGUUUCAAUUCUCAAGUACAGAGAAAGCAAGAUAAAAAUUCUAUAAAAGAUUUAUUAUUGCAAAGAAUAAGCAAAAUAAGCGUAGAAACAAGUCCGUAUACAUUUGAAAGUAUGAUGAGCUCACAGUUUUCCACAAUAUCUUCCAAUUCUAGCAUCCAACAAGAAACAUGUAGAAACAACAAUUUUAUGCAGGAAUCUAAUAAUGCAGAAAAUUCAUAUAUCAAAUGUUUUGAGAUAGACGUUAAUACUGGAGAAAUAAAAAAAUCAUUAGAAUGCAAAGAUUCUAAUGAAAAAAGAAAAAUUUCUUCUCAGUCUAAUGAAGAUUUGGAAGAAAGAGAGCAUGCUUUAGCAAAGAUUAUGAAAGAAAAUUUGAGAGAUGUCUUGCAUGAAGGAUUACUGGAUUCUGUUUUGCCAUAUAUGUUUCCAAAAUCUACUUUGUCACAACCUAUUAUUAAGAAAACUCCUGCUGCAGAUAUUAAAAAAAACUGUUCUUUAGGUAACAUAGGUGAAAAUAAAGCAGGAGUUUCAACUCAUAAAGAAAAAGACAAGGAAAAAACUAAGAUACAAAAGAAAUUACCGGACAGCGAAGUGGAAAUUCAUGUAUGUGAUGAAGAUAAAAAUAUUAAAAAACAUUUUCGAUGUCCGCAGAAGCUUCUUAUACAAAAAAUGUGUUAUUUUGCUGAUGUCACAGCAGGACAGAAACUUGACGAGAUUGAUAUAUCGGUACAUUGUGACGUUGUUAUUUUUGAGUGGUUGAUGAAAUGGGUGAAGAAGGACAUUAUCAAAAAAUCAGAGUGGCCGAUUUUAGAGACCAGUAAUGUCAUACCAAUUAUGGUGUCUGCUUGCUUUCUACAAAUGGAACCACUCUUAGAGAUUUGCCUUCAUUAUUGUCAUGAUAAUAUGUCAGAUAUUCUAAAGACAUCAACGAUUUUAACAUGUCUGGACGAUAAUCUUGUCACAAGAUUGGCUGAUUUAUUUACUAAUGAAGACGUUGAAAUGUUAAAGGACAAAAAAGAUAAAAUUCAGAGUCGUUUGUUUUGUAAAUUAAUUAUGUUCUUGACAGAAAUUACUCCGGAUAAUAAAAAGAGGCAUUACAACUCGUUAGCUACGCUGUUUAAAUGUGGAAAAUGUAACAAAAAUAUUGUGCAAUCAAUUUCCAAUUUUGUGCCUUGUGUUUCAAGCGCGUUAAAAAUUGAUAACAAAGGUGCUGUUCACAGUAAGCAUGUCAGAGAUCUGACAUGGACAUUAAAUGAUUAUGUCAUCUCUUUAAGAUCAGAAUUGCGCUCUUGGCGUAAGGUUUAUUGGAGGUUGUGGGGAGAUUGCCAUUUUCUCUUUUGUCGGCAAUGUCACAUAUACUUCCCGAUAUAUCAGAUUGACUGGUGUUGUUACCAUCCAGAACCUGCACAAUUUUUUGUAAACGAGCAACAGAAACCUACGCCCUUUCCACUGGGACGAUAUCCGUGUUGUAGUCAACGCGCUUAUAGAUUCGAAGUUUUAUCAAAUCAAAGCGGAUGUAGAUACAAAGAGCACAUACCCGACAUAAAGAGCGAAAAAGAGUUAAAUGUGUUGAAUAUCCUUACAACUCAUAGAGAAGUUAUAACUGUCGAACCUCCUCAGCUCUUCUUUCCUGAAAAGAUCACGCGAUUGGUGGCGCGCGAUCCGUCUCUUCGUCCUGGUAAACUGGUGUGUAAGGAUAUAAUGUGGUGGAAUGGUAUAGAGCUCGUACCGCCGAGACCGAAGCUUGGUUUGCUUGGAAAAAUCUGGGGAAGUUCCGGGCUACGCCGAUUGCUCCAUACGCAAGAUUCGCAGAAGUCUUUGCAGAAGACUCGUCAACAGAUUUCUGUAACUACAGACAUUUCGUCUUCUACCUCUUCGAUUACAGACGAAGAUGAUGAGGGCGAUGGCGAGACUACGUACGAAGAUAGCAGUAUAGACGAUGAAUCGUAUUACAGUGAGGAAUUCAAUACGUUAUCCACAUUAAAAACUACGAGUAAAACGAAACUUUUGAAUAGUUACAAGAGCAAUAGUAGAUGUUGGAGCGAUAAUUUAAAUGUGAGACACAAUCAGGAUAAUCAGAGAGAUUUUGAGGAAAGAGCCGCUACACAGAUGAUAGCACUUCUGACGAAGAGAACAAUGAAUAUGGAGAACUUACUUAUAAAAUCGUACAAGCAACACAACUGUAAAAAUAAACAACCUAUCGGUGGAACGUAUGUAAAACUAGAAGCUGAAUUUCGCGAUCAGUUAGCACAGUCUUGUAAAAAUAAAAAUUUUUCUAUAGGAAAGGCUCGCAUAAAAUCACAUAAAUCUUAAUUUAUAUAUACACAGAAGAGAAGACUAAAAUUUAAAUGUCAUUAAAACUAAAGUGUUACAAUUGUUUAAACGGUGGGGACACUUGUAAAGUUUAGUGUCUAAUAAAUAACUAUACACAAAGAGUAAGCACAAUUGUAA